UGUAUGGUGCCCCGGAGGCCAGCCCACGGGUACUUAACCCGGGCCGCCGCGGAGGGCGCCCGGAGUCGACCGCUCUGGUAGCGCCACCGCCACGAGAGCCCGGGACACGGGAAAGCCCGAAAGGAAGAGGAAGAGGCACCGGUGGCCAUGGGGUUGGAAGCGGCGCGCGAGCUGGAGUGCGCGGCGCUGGGCACGCUGCUGCGGGAGCCGCGGGAGGCGGAACGCACGCUGCUGUUGGACUGCCGCCCCUUCCUGGCCUUCUGCCGGCGCCACGUGCGCGCCGCGCGGCCAGUGCCUUGGAACGCGCUGCUGCGGCGCCGCGCGCGCGGCCCUCCUGCCGCUGUUCUCGCCUGCUUGCUGCCCGACCGCGCGCUGCGGACGCGCCUGGCCCGCGGGGAGCUUGCGCGGGCCGUGGUGCUGGACGAGGGCAGUGCCUCGGUGGCGGAGCUCCGGCCCGACGGCCCGGCUCAUGUGCUGCUGACCGCGCUGCUGCACGAGACCCGCGCGGGGCCCACUGCCGUGUACUUCCUGCGAGGAGGCUUCGACGGCUUCCAGGGCUGCUGUCCCGAUCUGUGCUCUGAGGCCCCCGCCCCUGCGCUGCCGCCAACAGGGGACAAAACCAGCCGCUCCGACCCCAGGGCUCCCGUCUACGACCGGGGUGGCCCUGUGGAGAUCUUGCCCUACCUGUUCCUGGGCAGCUGCAGCCAUUCGUCAGACCUGCAGGGGCUGCAGGCCUGUGGCAUCACAGCCGUCCUCAACGUGUCCACAAGCUGCCCCAACCACUUUGAGGGUCUUUUCCGCUACAAGAGUAUCCCUGUGGAGGACAACCAGAUGGUGGAGAUCAGCGCCUGGUUCCAGGAGGCCAUAGGCUUCAUUGACUGGGUGAAGAACAGCGGAGGCCGGGUGCUGGUGCACUGCCAGGCGGGCAUCUCACGCUCUGCCACCAUCUGUCUGGCAUACCUCAUGCAGAGUCGCCGUGUGCGGCUGGACGAGGCCUUUGACUUCGUUAAGCAGCGCCGGGGGGUCAUCUCCCCCAAUUUCAGUUUCAUGGGGCAGCUGCUGCAGUUUGAGACCCAGGUGCUGUGUCACUGAGGUGGUGCCCCUCUGCCUGCCUGCCCCACUGUGCUGGCAGGAGCUGACUGUGGACUGGUGGGCUCCCCUCUGGGCCAGCACAGUCCCCUCACCUCUGGCAGGGCUGCUACCUCCUCAGAGUUUGAGAAGCCCCCACAUGGGGGCUCUAGGAAUGCCAGCAUGCUGGUCUUUCCGACCUGGUGCUCUUCUGCUGGGGGACUGAGGCUGGCCCUCAGUCGGGGUCGGGAGCCGAGGGUGUGUCUGCUCUUUCCCACCCCAUCCUCUGGCAGAAAUCAGCUAGACUCUAUACCGUGGACUCUCCCUGGUCCACCACCAUGUUGAAGCCCUUGGCAGCCUGAGAGCUUUAAGGAACAAGCUGUGACAACCAGGAGCCCUGUCUGUGGGUUUGUCUGCCCAGGGCCUGGAGCCCAAGCCCUGUGUUCCUGGGGAAGCUGGGGACUUGGGAAGUGAUAGGUGUGUCGUGUUGCGUGUGUCUGUCUGUGAGCCUUUCACACCUGUGCUGGUGCUGGAAAAUUAUUUGUGCUCAGCUGACAUUUAACACUCCCUCCCCCGCUUCCUCCUAGCCCUGUGGGCAGGGGUUGGAAACUUAGCACUUUAUAUUUAUACAGAACAUUCAGGAUGUGUCAAUAAAAUAUUGUUAUAUUUGAAAAACAA